AUGUCAAUAAGUUCCCUGACCGGCCUCAUGUCAAGUUAUAUGCCACUCUCCGAUCGCAGCUCAUCUUCGGAUGAGAAGGAUCAUUCUCAACUUCGACCGGAUGUCGAGACAGGAAAGAACACAGACAGUCAUGACUCGGAGCGAAGACCUUCCCGCUUCAUCGACGGUCGCACCGUAUCCGAUGCCAUCAUCGGUCUUUCUGACGGCAUGACGGUGCCUUUUGCCCUGACUGCUGGAUUGUCUGCACUGGGCGAUACCAAAAUUGUUGUUUUUGGUGGACUCGCAGAACUCAUCGCAGGAGCUAUAUCGAUGGGACUCGGUGGAUACCUGGGUGCUAAAAGCGAGGAGUACGCCUACCUAGAUCCCGAAACCUAUCUCUUAUCAGAAUACGGCUCAUACAAAGCUACUUUAAAAGAAACUCAGACGCAAACCAUGACGGAUCCCGCAUCUGUGUCUGACACCAUCUCCGACAUUUUCGAGCCCUAUGAGUUGCCUUCUGAGCUGAUCGCACAACUCAAAAAUCAUCUGUCCGACUCUCCUAAGCUUCCAUCCUUCCUCAUGAACUUCCACCACACUCUACCCGAACCUUCAGGCUCGCGAGCGAUUAUUUGUGCUUUAACCAUUGCCCUGGGAUACUUCAUCGGCGGAUUUAUUCCUCUCAUACCAUACUUUUUUGUCGGACCUCAUGAAGCCUUCGUUGCCUUGCGGUGGUCUAUUGCUACCAUGGUCAUUGCGCUCUUUAUCUUCGGAUAUGUAAAGACUUGCUUUGUCAGUGGAUGGCGCGGUCGUCGAAAUGUCCGCAAGGGUCUCAUUGGUGGUAUACAGAUGGUACUGGUUGGUGGCAUCGCCGCUGGUUCUGCAAUGGGGUUGGUGAAGGGCUUCCAGAUGCUGGCCGAUGGGCCUGAAGACAACAAACAUAACUGA